AUGCCAGUAACAGAACUAGAUAUACCCAAAGGUAAUAGAGACGAUGGUAAUUUAGCAAGAGUAUCAACAGCCUCGUCAUCUUCUGGAUCGUCUUCUUCUUCUUCUUCUUCUUCACAAUCUUCGUCUUCAUCACAUUCAUCUUCACCAGCACCAGCACCAGCACAGAGGACAAGUUCCGAAGAUGACAAUAGACCGACGUUAGAACAGCAACAUCAACAAUAUCUUAAACUUCAACAAUUACAACAACAGCAACAAUUGGAAGAAGAACAACAGCAACAGCAACAACUACAACACCACCAGCAACAGCAGGUUCGAAGGAGGUCGUCAUCGGAAGGAAGCGGCGAUUUCGAGAAUUUAGACUCAACUUUGGUGGAGAUUGAACAACAGCAGAAUAGAACAGGGAUCAUCCAUGCUAACAACCAUGAUAUACCAAACAAAAGACCCAACACUUCACCUUUGAAUUCCGCAAGCUCGUGUCCCGUGAUUGCAUCCUCGGCUCACUCACAAGAUUUGUUCAAUUGUCAUUCUCGCACGCCAUCACUGCUGCUUUUGUUAACUGGCAAAGGUAUAGCCAAGUUGCAGAAGAAGAGGAGCAAGCGGUAUAGUCUCGAUUAUUUUGAUUCUUUCACCGGUGAUUAUGACUAUGACUCCGACCAUGAUAACACUGAUGAUGGUGGCAUUGCAAGAGCGUUUCAUCCGCAACAGCAACAACAACAGCGGGUUUUCUACAAUUCCUAUUUACAGCCCAAUGCUCAAUUUGUGGGCGAGCAACAAUCGGGUAAAUCCCGGUUCAGGAUCAAGAUUGAGUUCAAAACCGUGGAUUUGAUGAAUUCUUUGGUUACGGGUUUUCUACAAAUUAAUGGUUUGACCAAGGAUCAUUCUGAAAUUGUCACUUAUUUCAGAGGUGAGAUUAUCAAUAACCCAUUGUUAUACUUGCAACAAGGUGCAGCCCAUGGCCAUGGUCAUAACCAUAUUCACCAACACCAACACCAUCCUGCCCCUCCUUCGCUUCAUCGUCAUGAUAAUCAUCAUCAUCAUUGCCAUCAUCCGCUCAAAAAGUUUUCAUUCAUGUCGGAGAAUAGUAGCUGGGGCUCUCACCCGCAAAACGAUUUGGAACAUUGGAAGAAAUUGACAAAUUCUAGUUCAUUGUCGAAUCAAGAGUGCAGGGACAAGUUAAAGAGAAUAUAUCAAGGUGAACGAGAUGAAGAAACUGGUGACCACUUGAUUUACAUGCGGUGGAAAGAAGAGUUUUUGUUGCCCGAUUCUCGAGUGAAGCUGAUUCCCAAUGCUAGUUUUGAAGGGUUCUACUACAUUGUGUUGAACAUCGGAGGAGGUGGCAAUCAUAGUAGUAAUGGUGCUGGUGCCGUUGGUGGGAAAAGCGACAUGUUUAGAAGUGGUGGUAUCAAUGGAUUAUAUUACCAUAAUCUGAGCGAGAAAUUCCAGAGUUUAUCUUUACAAUACGUUCAGAGACAGGAUCACGGGGUUUUUGAUUUUAAUUGA